UAGCACAAUGUCAUCUCGAUUCCAACCGGCGGGGGGCAGUGAGGAGCUAUGGCUGUUUUAAAUCUGCCUUCAACAACCCACGAAGAAGAGUAUAAGCGGCGCCAUGGCGGAAACAGAGCAGCAGUCAGGAUCCACUCCUGAGGAUGAAGCACCUGAAGGCACAGCCGGCAGCACCUUCAUGGUACCCAAGAAAGAAAUCAGCAUGGUGCCUGACAUGGGCAAGUGGAAGCGCUCCCAAGCGUAUGCUGACUACAUGGGCUUCAUUCUGACGCUGAAUGAAGGCGUGAAGGGAAAGAAGCUCACAUGUGAAUAUAAAGUGUCAGAGACGGUGGAGAAGUUACUAGAUCUUCUGGGGACUCUGGACCGAUGGAUAAAUGAGACCCCUCCGGCUGACCAGCCGUCACGCUUUGGUAAUAAGGCCUACAGGACCUGGUACAGCAAACUAGACCAGGAAGCAGAGGCCUUGGUGUUAGCAGUGCUCCCUGCUGACAAAUGUGCUGCUGCUCCAGAGAUAGCUGUCUAUCUGAAAGAGUCUGUGGGGAAUUCCACCAGGAUAGACUAUGGAACAGGUCACGAAGCUGCUUUUGCUGUGUUCCUCUGCUGUCUCUGUAAGGUUGGAGCUCUCAGGGUAGACGAUCAGCUGGCUAUCGUCUUUAAGGUUUUUAACAGGUAUCUCUCAGUGAUGCGGAAGCUGCAGAGGACCUACAGAAUGGAGCCAGCUGGAAGCCAAGGUGUGUGGGGACUGGAUGACUUCCAGUUUCUGCCCUUCAUCUGGGGAAGCUCCCAGUUUGUAGAUCACCCAACACUGGAGCCCCGGCACUUUAUCGAUGAGAGGGUGGUGAACGAGCAUCACCAAGACUACAUGUUCCUGGAUUGCAUCAAGUUCAUAAAUGAGAUGAAGACGGGCCCGUUUGCUGAACACUCCAACCAGCUGUGGAACAUCAGCGCCGUUCCUUCCUGGUCCAAAGUCAACCAGGGCCUGAUCAGAAUGUACAAGGCCGAGUGUUUGGAGAAGUUCCCCGUGAUCCAGCACUUCAAAUUCGGCAGCCUGCUGUCCAUCCAGCCAAUAAAGCCUUGACGAUCAUGCAGUGUGCACAAUGGAAAGACCAAAAUCCCAACAGUUUUCCCUCCCUCUGGCAUCCUCACGUGCAAAUGCAGUAGCAAAAAAUCAACCACAUGUAGUCUGACACACGCAUUCCCACAUGUACACGCAUGUGGGAAUGGAAGCUUGUAGGCCAUCCGUAACUUUAAUGCAGAGCGUGUUGUGGAUGACCUUCUGUGAUUCUGGAGCAUCUUUAUAUUUUUGUCAUUUUAUUUAUAUAAUGGAUUGAGUUUGGAUUUGCUCCUUUUUGAGGGAUGGGGGGGAUUUUUUUUUUUAGAAGUGUGCUAUUUGAAGUUUAACGCUUGAAUUUACCUCAGAGUUAUGAGCAGUAGGCUCAUUCAGUGUGGGGUGAUACAAAUAUGACUGUGUGACUUCCACAGAAUCUUUUGUCAUAGUUUCUUUUUCAAUUUGAGCUAUUUUCUUGAUUUUGCUUUUAAGGCCAAAUGUUUUAAUUUUGUUGCAAAUGUAUCUGUAUUUCAUUGCCCACUUCCUCCAAACAUGCCAGUCACAUUAAUAAUUUGCUAAGAAAUUACGUGUUUGAGUGUUUUUUCCUGAAGAAAAUCUCUCAGCCUUUCAAUGUUAGGGAUCAGAUCUUUAAAGCUUCCACAACAGCUCAUCCAAAAUAGAAUGUACAGAAUAUUUCUUUCACCAUCAUUUCUUUAGAAAGUCAGUUCAGGAAAGAAGUUCUGCAUGAAAUGUAGUUUUAUUUUUCCCUCAGUCUGCCCCUUAGAAGUCACUACCAGUAGUCUGCACCCAUGGCUUCACCAUGGUCCCAGCUCACCCCCAUCUUAAGUAAAAUGGAUUUCUUUUUCAUAGGUUGAGUUAUGGUAGGCAGUGUGAAUUGAUAAAAGCAUACCUGAGUACUUUGUGGUUGUUCUGUGCAACUUUUUCCUCAAAUUUCUCAACCCAGGUGAAAUAUUGUAGUUGUUUUUUGUUUUUUUUACCUCGGAUUUGACCCAAGAUAUAAAUGUGUUCAAUCCUGCAUAGGUUCAAUUGGCGGAUUUUUAAACAUCUUGGCAUGUGUUUUUUUUAAUUAAAGAAAAGUUAUUUUUUGUUAUUACACUGACCUGUCCAACCUGAUUUAAUAAAUUUCUCCCUUUUCUCAUCUUUUA